UCGAUGCCAGGGGAGAUACCAUGCUCUGCUUGGGGAUGGACUGGAUGAAGAAUUAAAGUAGGGGGAGUGUUGACUGAAGAAGGAGAGCCAUAGACACUUGACACAUCAACAAAACUUAAGGGGGACAUUGAUAAGGAAAAUUUUGAAGAUGCCUUUGAAAACAUCCCUGUGGCAUCCAAGAUGGAUCUCAAGUGUGCUCUGGAAGAAUGUUCAAUGGCACUAAACUUAUUCCUAAACAAUAAGUUCUCUGAAGCCCUGGAACUACUUCGUCCAUGGUCUAAAGAUAGUAUGUACCAUGCCCUUGGGUACAGCACUAUCUUAGUUAUGCAAGCUGCUAUGACCUUUGAACAGCAGGAUAUACAAAUGGGAAUUUCUACAAUGAAGGAAGCUUUGCAAACCUGCCAAAGAUUCAGGAAAAGAAGCACAGUGGUGGAAUCCUUGUCCAACCUAGUUUCUAAACAGUCAGCAGAGCAAUUGAGUGAAGAGGAAAUGCAUGCUGAAAUCUGCUAUGCUGAAUGCUUACUACAGAAAGCAGCUCUCACCUUUGUACAGGAUGAAAAUAUGAUCAACUUUAUCAAAGGUGGCCUCAAAAUUAGGACGAGUUACCAAAUAUACAAAGAAUGUCAUCAGGUGCUACAGAUGACUCAGGGGAACAAAAGCAAAAAUGAAACUUACUACCAGUUUGAAGGAGGAGUAAAACUUGGAAUCGGAGCAUUCAACUUGAUGCUGUCACUUUUACCAGGAAGGAUCCUCCGACUUUUAGAAUUUAUUGGAUUUUCUGGCAAUAGGGAGUUGGGCCUCUGUCAACUACGGGAAGGCGCGUCUGGCAGCAGUUUGAGGGCCAUUCUGUGUACUUUCACCCUGUUGGUUUAUCAUACUUACGUCUCCUUAAUCCUUGGUACAGGGGAAGCCAAUAUUCAGGAAGCAGACAGUCUCCUCGAACCCUACCUCCGGAAAUUUCCAAAUGGUUCCAUUAUUCUGUUUUAUGCUGCCAGAAUAGAUAUACUGAAAGGAGAUUUUGAAAAGGCGCAGUUGAGGUUCCAGGAGUGCAUAGCAGCCCAGCAAGAGUGGAAACAGAUUCAUCAUCUCUGUUACUGGGAGCUGAUGUGGUGCUACACCUUCCAGCAGAACUGGCUUCAAGCAUAUCGGUAUGCAGACCUGCUCAGCAAAGAGAGCAGGUGGUCUAAGGCAAUAUAUGUAUUCCAGAAGGCAGCAAUUCUAUGUAUGCUUCCAGAGGAUGAUUUGAAAAGCACUGGUGAGGACAUUGUAUCUUUAUUCAGACAAGUAGAUGGCCUAAAACAGAGAAUUGCAGGAAAGUCUAUCCCAACUGAGAAGUUUGCAGUAAGGAAAGCUCGACGCUAUGCAAGUGCUCAACCAGUGAAGCUGAUAUUACCCGCCUUGGAAAUGAUGUAUGUCUGGAAUGGCUUUGCAAUUGUGGGCAAAAGAGCAGAUCUCACUGAAAACUUACUGGUAACAAUUGAAAAAGAAGAAACUGCUCUACAGAAUGAAACUAAUCGCAGUGAGUACUAUAUGGAUGAUGUGUGCAUGUUGCAGUUGCUGAAGGGCCUGUGCCUGAAACACCUGGGAAGACUCAUGCAAGCUGAACUGUGUUUCAGUAAAGUAACUCAGAGUGAGAAGCAAAUAAAAUACGAUAGUUAUUUGGUGCCGUUCGCCCUGUAUGAGUUGGGUCUUCUGUACAAACAACAGGAUGAGAGAGAAAAAGCAGUAAGAUACAUAGAAACUGCAAAAAACAACUACAAAGACUACUCUAUGGAGUCCAGGUUGCACUUCAGGAUUCAUGCAGCACUUGACAGCUUGAAGGUGUCACCUGCUUCAACACCUUGAAUGAGGAGGGAUGCUUUUCACACAUACAAUGCAUAUAAUAGCCUACACAAUCUUUUUGCAAUCUUUUUUUAAUCAUGAAAAAGAAAAAAACCUAAUGGUUGUUUUCUGUCAUCUCUGAUUUGAUGUAUGUCAUUCCUUUAGACUGUUCUUUUUCUGUAUAGUACGUAUGCUAUAUCUACUUGAUACUUUAAAGAAGACCUUAUAUUUUGUUUGAUAAAAAUGAUUUAAUAUUUGACUUGAAUGGGGGAUAUUUUAGAAAAAGUUGAUGGUGCAAUAAAGUUUAAUGCAAACACUUUAUUUUUUUAUAUGAAAACAGAUGCUGGUUAUGCAGUGGAACUGGUGAUAACUUCUGCAUUUUUUUUGAGGUUUGAUUUUCUGCGGUACACUUGAGACCUUUUUACCUCUGGAACAAAAAUGCAAUGUCUUCAGCUAACCUUGCCCACAUUUGGCAUACCAUAUUCUGAAAUCUGUGUUCCAGAGGAAAAAAAAAAUCAUCAUCUUCGACUUAAUUUCAUUUUGGGAACAAAAUGAGCCUGUCUGAAGUGCAAUAUUUUUACACUGUCAGAUGAAACUAAGCAGUGCUACAGGUAAAUGUCUCUGCAGGUCUGUUUCACUCAAAAUAAGUGGUUACAGGGGAUAUUUUUCAGUCAUAGAAAAGCGGGGCUGCUAGGGACAUUAAGAGAUCGUGUAUUCUUGUCCUAAAGCAGAAUCAACAGUCUUGUGUCCUCUUGACAGACUUGUUUUACUUGGGGUUUUUUAGAAGAAAAAAAAAAAAAAACUUGCACUGAGAGAGAUUUUGUAACUUACACAGGAUGUCUUUCCCAGUGGGAAAAGACUAGGAAUUUUUUCCUGAUGUCUGCCACCAUUAAUUCUUGGCAUAACUGAAACGGGUUGCAUCCCAUCUUCCCUGUCAUGAAUCUGGAGGAAGGAUUGCUCUUUUCCUUUCCUGAAGCAGUCUUCUAAUAUUUGAAGACUAACCCCCUUAUUGGUAUUCUCUGUUCUUGGAUUCCAGCCAAAAUAAAUAAAAAUUUGCAGAAUUUAUUUUUUUUCUAAUAACGGGAAUAACUCAUUGUUGCAAGUUGAUUGUGCACCAAAAAGUGAAUCCCACUUUUAAACUUGGAGUUAAGAAAAUGUGCAUAUUCUAAUCAUAAUUUUCUACUUUCUACAAAAAAUGUGUAGUAAAAUUAAGAUACAUUUAUAAGUGCAUAUAUUUUCUUUUGCACAUUAAUAUGUGAACACCAAUGUCAAAUUGAGUUUCUGAAGUCAUUAUAUAUGCAGAUUCUGCUAGCUGUCUAUUCUUAAAAAUAAGAAUAUACUUGUUUUUUAAGUAUACACCCAAAAACUGUUCUUUCACUACUUAUUGCAAAACUUGCCCAUUUCCAUAUUAUUAAUGCUAGUAUAUUUACUCUGCACAGUAAAUUCAUAGUAACUAUGCUCCUGUAUGUGAUUCUCUGCCCUUAACUCCCACCCAAGAAAUAACAGAACAAAAAAACCAGGUGAAAAAUGUGUCUUCAGUAAAUAAGUAACUGAAAGUUUCUAAUUAAACAGUCAAUAUAAUGUAAAUGCUAUAGUUAUUCUUCUCAGGUGACUGAGAACACAGCUUUCUUCUAUGACUUUAUAAAUAACUGAGUCAUUUAAUUGCAUAUAAAUCUGUGGCAUACUUACAGGUGAAGUGAGAGUUUAAAAGUACUAGCUAAAUAAACAUAAUGGGUCUUUCAAAGUGGAAGCCUGAUCCAAAGUCCGUUGACUUCACUGGUUUGGGUUUGUGCCCAUUCUAAAUGCGUAACUA